GUGAGAUAGGAAAUAUAAACUUAAAAAAAACACAUGCGUUCGUCCAAACUCUGUGUUUUUUGAUCAAAAGUGCACCGUUUUUUCAUUUCGUAUGUUCAUCUGUUGUAUUAAGUGUCUUUUUUAUGUGUGAAGAGAUGAGCAAAGACACUUUUCCUCAGGCUGACGCCAUGCGCGCGCCGUGUAACGUUAGCGGUUCUCUCAGCGCGCGCGUGUGUGAGCGACCUGUAACGUUAAAUAUGUGCCUACCUGAUCGGAGGGGAGGAUAAAAAUGUUACUUAGAUUUUCAUAAAUGCCAUUUGACCAUCUCGCUAUUGUUUUUUUGCUACCUGAACUUGCUGACAAGGAAGGAUUGCUUCUUUUUCUCUCUGAGACAUAUUGUCUCAUUUUGAAAGCAGACGGGAGGCGUUUCUCGUGCGUUGCAGCAAAUGUCAACUUGUGCAGUGAGUAACUACAGUCAUGUGCUGGAGGGCCAGUCAGACUCAGAUGAUGAAGAUAAGCUACACAUCGUGGAGGAGGAAGGGAGUCUCCUGGACGGGGCUGAUUGUGACAGUGUGGCCCCUGAUGAUGACCCUAAUGGGACCGUCGACCCUGACAGCCGUUGGGACGAUGUGAGAGAGGAGUGUGUGUCGGAUGAGGAUGAGAGGAGCAGAGAUGCUUUGGUUGAGGAGAUGCUCCAGCAAGGAGACACGGCCGUCAUCUUCCCAGAGGCUCCAGAAGACGAACCGCGACAGGGUACGCCAGAAACCAGUGGACAUGAUGAAAAUGGCACGCCAGACUCAUUUUCUCAGCUCCUCACAUGUCCCUAUUGCUCUCGUGGCUACAAGCGUUACACCUCACUGAAGGAGCACAUUAAAUACAGACACGAGAAGAGCGAGGACAACUUCAGCUGCUCUCUCUGCAGCUAUACCUUUGCCUAUCGAACACAGCUUGACAGACACAUGACCGCGCACAAAGCUGGCCGAGAACAGCGGCAUGUUACUCAGUCAGGUGGAGGAGGGAAUCGAAAGUUUAAAUGCACUGAAUGUGGCAAAGCCUUCAAGUACAAACACCACCUGAAAGAACACCUGCGCAUCCACAGUGGAGAAAAGCCUUAUGAGUGCUCCAACUGCAAGAAGCGUUUCUCUCAUUCCGGCUCCUACAGUUCCCACAUCAGCAGUAAGAAGUGCAUUGGCCUCAUCUCAGUAAAUGGGCGGCCACGAACUUCUCCCGCCACCGGGGGUGCUAAGACCCCGCAGUGCUCUUCCCCAUCCCUGCCAACCUCUUCCCCCACGGCACGUGUCCAAGUCAGAGACAAAUUGGACAAUAGCAAACCCCUUCAGGAACAGCUUCCCUUGACACAGAUCAAGUCUGAGCCACUGGACUACGAGUACAAGCCUGUGGUGUUGGCCCCAUCUGCUAGAGGCGUAAAUGGCAUGUUCCAGGGUGCUGUACAGGCUGUUGUGCUCCCAACAGUGGGUCUGGUAUCCCCAAUCAGCAUCAACCUGGGGGACUUACAGAACGUGCUGAAGGUGGCAGUGGAUGGGAACGUCAUCAGGCAAGUGCUGGAAAGCGCGCAAGCUAAGGGGCAGCAAGCAGGGACAGGAAUCGUUGGAACAGGAGGGGUGGGAAUUGCACAAGCACCCCAGCAAGUCAUACAGGCCAUUAGUCUUCCCAUCUUAGAUCAGGAUGGCAGUGCUAAGAUCUACAUCAACUACAGUCUGGACCCUUCACAGGCCCAAGCAGUCCUUCAAAGUCCAAAGAAGGAACCUUUGGGGUUGAACACAGAAGCCUGCAAGGCGCAGAAGCUGCCAGAAGACCUGACGGUCAAGACAAAUAGGGACAAAACCACCAUCACUGUGGACAAGAAAAAUAUUUUACACAAUGACACAACACUUAAGCACUGUGGUAAAGAUGGACAUAGGAUAAAUGGGAAAAAUCUUGAGGGGAAGAUAGACUUGGAGGAAGGACUGUGUCCUGGCCAGCCUCCCCUGAAGAACCUUCUCUCCUUGCUCAAGGCUUACAACAAGCCCACCAAGGAGGAGCUGGCAAAGAUAUCCGAGAUCUCUGUAGAUCCCUCCUCAGCCCUGGCUGAGGAUGAGCAGACCACUCCCAGGGAUUUGGAUGGGACUAGAGGUGAAUCACCCAGACCACUGCCGGAUAAGCAAAUGAACUCAGAGGAGCAAGCAGAGAGGGAAUGCUGUAGCCCAGCUGAGUGCAUAGCCGCUGGGGAGAAUGGGAUCGAGAGUGUCCCUACAUCCCCUUCACCAUUAAACCUAUCGGCUGAUGGUCCUGUCCCAGCCAGGACUCUUGAGGAAGGCGAGGGACCUCUCGAUCUGUCGCUACCAAAAUCUGCUGCUACAGCUGCUGUGGCUAGCGGUCACGUAAACACUGUUUACUCGGCUCAAGAGGAGCCACUGAAUUUGACUUGCACAAAGGAACUGCUCAGCAAUGCAAGCACCAAUGCUGCCAUAUAUGCCAGCCAACCAAGUGCCAAUCCCAUAAACAUUGUGACCACUCAACUGCCCACCCUAGUGGCUAUCACUGACCAGGGACAAGCGCAAUGUCUUCGUGCACUUACCACCACUAAUCAGACCAUCCUGAUCCCGCAGCUGACUUACAGUUACACCACUACAUCCUCCAGCCCAGCAGGGAACGACAUACCACAGAAGAAUGUUAUACACGUCAAUGGCAUCAAGGAGGAGAAACAGGAAAUCGGGUCAGAGGUCACCUCAACAUUGGAAGAACAGACAGACUCCGACUCAGGGCCGACGAGGAAGAAGAUGAAAAGGACGGAGAGUGGGCUGUACGCCUGUGACCUGUGUGACAAAAUCUUCCAGAAGAGCAGCUCACUGCUCCGCCAUAAAUAUGAGCACACAGGAAAGAGGCCUCAUGAAUGUGGGAUCUGCAGCAAGGCCUUCAAACACAAGCACCACCUUAUAGAACACCAGCGCCUGCACUCCGGAGAAAAGCCGUACCAGUGCGACAAGUGCGGCAAACGCUUCUCCCACUCUGGCUCCUACUCGCAACACAUGAACCACCGAUACUCCUACUGUAAGAAAGAGGCUCAAGGCCAAGGGCUAGGCCAGGGAGUCGAGGAAGAGGACAAUCCUGGCGAGGAGCAGCCUCAGACAGGCAGCACAGCGACCUCGCCCCCUUCCCACCUGGAUUCAGAUGAGCGGGGGAGUAGUACCAGAGAGGAUGAGAGCGAGGAGGAUGACGAGAUGGGAUCGGGGAGCUUAGUGGACGAGGAUGAGAUUCAGGUGGUCAAGAUUGGAGAUGAGGGAGAUGAAGACGACCAGGGAGCAGAUCAAGACCAGGAAGGAGAGAGGAUGGAAGGGGCGGAACAAGAAGAUGGUGAAGAGGAAGGUGAGAGUGAGGAAAAUGACGGACAGACGCUGAAAGUCGUAGUAAUGCAGGAUGAAUGUGAAGACGAAAACAGAGAGGAGGAGCAAUCAGCGCAGGAGGCCAUGGACACAGGAACUCUUGAACACAUGAAGGACACAACAGAAAAAGAGAGCCCAGCGGACGAUGAGAGAAGGAUUGAAAAUGAAGAAAACACAGCCACUAUGAAUGGAGACGUGAAGUGAAGAAAAGCCACAACUGUUGUUUUACAACCCUUAUUCCUUACGACAUUGUUUUACAAAGUUACUGAUUUGAAGGAACAAAAAAGACGUUUUCUCUCCCGCAGAUGUUUCUCUCUCUUCCUGAGAACUGACUAUGUUAAGACGAGAAUGAGAUGAGGAAGAGAGCGUGACUGCUCUUACGCUGCAUUUAAACCCACUACUGUGUAUAAACCCCCAGGUGUGCCUGAUAAAUACGAAAUAGUUACUUUUUCCACGUAAAGACAAUUUUCAGUGUUUUGAGUAUGGUUUGUAUAAAUGCAAAGUUUAAUGAUAAAAACAAAAAAGAACAUGACGCAUAUACGAACUGAAAGCUAUACACGUUUUGGCUAAUAAUGUUUUAUUACUAAAACGCCUUGGGUCAAUUUCUUUCAUCAGUAUUACUAAUUUUUUGUCAUUCUUGGUUUACCCUCAAAAACUGUACAGUUGGGAGAGAGAGAUUUCUAUACGUUUUUAUUGCCAAUGAACAAAACUCAGUAUUUUCUUGCAUUUGAAGGAAAUAGAAAAAAAAAAGUAUCCUGUGCACUACCAUAUUCCCAGUUUACCUAUGGAACACCAAUGGCCUUGUGUUGUUUAAUGUCUACCUUCCAGUAUUAGCGCCCCAGACGUUAUUCCCCAAGCCACGCUAAGUGCUCGCUAGCACAACAUUUGUCUGUCAUCUCAUUUCAAGAAGGACUGUGAGCCUUAAAUGUUAAAAGAUUGAUGUGGUUAUGGUGGGAGGGCUUUAAUGAAUCCCAAAAAGCCAUGGCAUCAAAGAAAAACCUUAGUAAUCCCUGACAGCUGGUUUUAGACCUAGUCUUCAUCAUGUUCCAGGUGAUCGCCAUCAGUUCCUUCCCCACCCAUCAUCCACCCUUAUGCAAAAACAUGCAUGUUGGAAGUGCCAUUGAACAGUUCUGUGCCGUUGCUGUGACGCCGUCGCUGAGCAGCACACUCGCGUGGGGCUCGUGUUGUCUGAUUUUGGUAGCAAAAUUUUGGACCCCUGUACCUAAACCACUAGUCCUGACUAAAGGACAAGACUGCCUCUUUUUUGAUCAAUCCAAUAAGGACUACACUGCAUCAAGAAUUCAGGAAAGACGAUCAAUGAGCAAAAAGGAGAAAAAAGCAGCUCCUUUUUCAGCCUUGAAGUAUUUUUCCCGUUUGGUGCACUUGUUUCUCUUGUUAUCUUUAGCUGCACGAUACUUAUUCUUCAGGUAACAAAUGUAGGCAGAUAUGAUCAAUGAAGAAUUCACUUUUAGUGUUUUUUAUUUCUUUCCGUCAGCUUUUUACCUGUCAGUAUUAAUUUUGUCUGGUUUGUAAUGAAGUUUUUUUGUUGUUGUUUGUUUCAGUGAACAUUGUGUAAUGUUUUUGUUGUUGUGGUUUUGUUUUUUUUGUUUUUUCAGUAAAGGCAGUAUUACCCCUCCCAUCCUUCACCAGUAUAACUUUACAUUUUUAGUUUUAGAGACCUUUUAUAUUUAUGUGUCUUAUUUUUGUAUUUUCUUUAUGGUUAUUUAUUACACAAUGUAGUGUACAAUACUGUAGUUUUUAUUAAUACAAUAAUAUAUUUUAGUAUGAAGAAUAAUUUCGAAGAUAAAUGAAAUCAAAGCUGGGGAAGGAACUCCAGCAUUUCAAAGUGUUUUAAAAUAGAAGUAUUAUUUUCAAAUUUUCGAAAUGCAUUGUUUGAGGAAAAAAAAACUAACCCCCUAAAGUAUAUCAGAACUUUACACGUCACUUUCAUGUUAUUGUCUCUUACCCCACUAUACUUUGAAGCUACUGAAAACUAAUUGUAUGAUAUACACGCAUGAGUCCUUGCUGUUGUAUCAAAAGAUUGUCCCUCACCAUGAAACUGUGCUGCCCUUUUAAUGAAGCCAAAACAUCAUCAAUGUGUUGUUUUUUAUUAUUAUUUUUGGUUGUGCCAAUUUGUAACUCUCUUUGUCUACAUCAAGGCAGCAAAGUCUUUUAUAUGUCCCUGUUUUAACCUUUUUAGUGCUAGCGUUUUGUUUGAUUGUUUGUUUUUGUUUUUUUUAAUGACUCCCCAUCUCACAAUAAAAUACUUCAAGAAUUCAGCA